CUGCAUUUUCGCCAAUGGGUGAUGCACCUGUCGGUCUAUGCAAAUACGUGGAUCCAACCAUGAACUUCCGAUGCACAAUGAGUGCAUUCAGAUCACGCCUAUGGGGAAGACCAAUUAAAAUUAAAAAGUUUCGUUCAUUGGAACCCAUUAAUCGCUUGUAUCGAUCGGAAAAAUGAGGAAAACGAAGUUUUUUCGUGUCGAACGGAAACAUCUCCUUUACCUUAUCCACUCUGUAUAAAUAUACGAAAAGUUGUUGGUCUAAGUCAUUCUCAGCUUUGUGUGCUUCUUGUGUAGAGCAACAUGGGAGCCUGGGCACUUGUGGGUGUUUUUCUAGUCUUCUUCACGGAGUACCACCACUGUAUGUCAAUAUACGAUAGCAACUACCAGAUUGCCUAUCCAACUUACAGGGAAGCCAAGACAGGAUACGAAGAUGACACCCCAAGUUACAGCUACCCCUACGCUGACACAAUUUACCUAACCAACAAAGACCCCAGUAGAUACGAAAGCAAUUCGAAUUUCCAAAGUCCGCAGGCUUUACUGGCCAAAGAGAUAGAACGCGAUGAAGAUUUUAAAGAGAACAAUUUCAUUGGUAGCACAUCGGGUUUCAAACAAUACAAAACGUCCAGAAGUUUCAACUACAACGGACCACACCAACUGGAAACGAUAGAGACAAAGAGCUUCCAUAGAAAGAGUGAACCAUAUUCGCUACACGAGUUCGAUCAUUCCCAUCAUGGCGAGGAAGAGCAUGCCGAAAUUCACUAUCACCAGCAUAAGCACUUGCACAAACACAGCCACAAGCAGGAGCACCACCACAAGCACAACCAAGAUCACAAACACAAACACGCCCAUCACCACGCUGAGGAAGGGGACCACAAGCACGCCCACAAGCACGAACACAAGCACAAGCACGACGCCAAUCAUCAUCACAAGCACGAGGCUCAUCACAAGCACGAGCACAAGCAGGAGCACAAGCACGACCACCACCACGGGCACAAGCACGAACAUAAACACCACCACGACCAUAAGCACGAUGCUUAUCACAAGCACGGCCACAAGCACGAUCACGAUCACAAGCACGAUCAUCACCACGGCCACAAGCACAGCCAUCACCACGGACACAAGCAUCAUGAAGAUCACAAGCACAAGCAUGGUCAUAAACACCAUCAUGGACAUAAGCACAGUCACAAACAUUAUAAACAUUAUUGA